AACGGAAAAGGCACACAUAACAGAGAAGAAUGGAGUCUCUUUCACGAUGCCAAACUAUUCUCCGAUCACCAUCAAAGCCUUGCUAGCUUUCUAUAAAAGGGACAAGUGUCCUUCACAUUCCCAAGUCCCAACUCAUCCCUCUCUCUCAACUCUAUCGUUUUGCCGCGUUUCUGCUGCUACCGGUAUAUAACACAUAAACCGCUGACUGAUAUAAAAAAUUUCCCUUUCAUUUUUUUUUCGUUUCCUGGGUUUUAGCACAAGAAUGGCUACUAGAUCAAGGCCGUGUAGUGAUUACAACACAGGCCAAGCUUGGUCAUCAUCUUCAUGGCCCUGCAAACCCAAUUACAGUUUGAAUGUGAAGAAUCAGAGAUUUGGGACAGCAGGGUUGGCUCGUUUGUGGCAGAAAAUCGGAAAGAGCUCAAGAGAAAGGUGCUCGGUAGCUCAAGGGUACGGUUCAGAAAGAAGUGAAGCUUAUGUCGUUUCCGACCAAGACAAGAGAUUCGUGCACGCCCUCCGGGAAGUUCAGCCGUACAUUUUCCUCAACAGAGGCCGGACAUUUGUCGUGGUGAUCGCCGGCGAGAUUGUUGCUAGUCCUUACUUCGAUGCCAUACUUCAGGAUAUUGCAUUUCUCCAUCACCUGGGGAUCAAGUUUGUUCUUGUUCCAGGGACACAUGUCGAAAUCGACUCGCUUUUAGCUCAGAGAGGCAAGAGUCCAAAGUUUGCUGGUCAGUAUAGAGUGACCGACUCGGAUUCUCUGACGGCUGCAAAGGAAGCUGCUGGGAAGAUUACUAUGGAUAUAGAGGCCAAGCUUUCACCGGGACCCUCCAUAUGCAAUAUUCGUCGGCAUGGUGAAAGUAGUCGAUGGCAUGAAGUUGGUGUUAGUGUAGCUAGUGGUAACUUCCUUGCAGCUAAGAGGAGAGGAGUUGUUGCUGGUGUUGAUUAUGGGGCAACAGGUGAAGUUAAGAAGGUGGAUGUAGUUCGUAUGCGUGAGAGACUUGAUGGCGGUUGUAUUGUGCUACUGAGCAACCUUGGUUAUUCAAGUUCUGGAGAAGUUUUGAAUUGCAACACGUAUGAAGUUGCAACAGCUUGUUCCUUGGCUAUUGGAGCAGAUAAGCUUAUUUGCAUAAUAGAUGGUCCAAUUCUUGAUGAGAGUGGACGUCUGAUUCGUUUCUUGACUCUUGAAGAAGCUGACAUGUUGAUUCGUCAGCGGGCUGUUCAGAGCGAAAUCGCCGCUAGUUAUGUUAAAGCUGUUGAUGAAGAAAAUCUUCAUCAUCUUGGACAGGAUAAUGGGAAUUUUUUUAAGGAAAAGCAUAUUCCUAGGUUUAAUAAUGGUGUUGGUUUUGACAAUGGCAAUGGAUUAUGGUCUGGUGAACAAGGUUUUGCAAUUGGAGGUCACGAGCGGCAAAGUCGAUUAAGCGGGUACCUUUCAGAAUUGGCUGCUGCAGCCUUUGUUUGCCGGGGAGGUGUCCAAAGAGUUCAUCUGUUAGAUGGCACUAAAGGGGGAGUAUUGCUCUUGGAAUUAUUUAAAAGAGAUGGGAUGGGGACUAUGGUGGCAAGUGACGUUUAUGAAGGAACUCGGAUGGCUCGAGAGUCCGAUCUCUCUGGAAUACGACAAAUUAUACAACCUUUGGAAGCAGCUGGCACGUUGGUUACGAGAACUGACGAAGAGCUACUUAAAGCAAUGAAUUCAUACGUUGUUGUUGAAAGAGAAGGUCAAAUUAUCGCAUGUGGUGCUCUUUUUCCUUUCUGGGAGGAGAAAUGUGCAGAGGUGGCUGCGAUUGCAGUUUCUCCCGAUUGUCGGGGACAAGGACAGGGAGAUAAGUUACUUGAUUACAUGGAGAAGAAGGCAUCUUCUCAUGGAUUGGAAAAACUUUUCUUGUUAACAACCCGCACUGCAGAUUGGUUUAAAAGACGUGGAUUUUCUGAAUGCUCAAUUGAUUCAAUACCAGAGAAACGCAGGGAAAAGAUCAAUCUGUCCCGUAGAUCGAAGUACUAUAUGAAGCAGCUGGUACCUGAUACUGGCGGAAUUACUGUUGAUAGGGUGUUCUAUUAGAGCUCUUAUAUCCCUGUGGCAUGUUUGUGGAUUAUGCAUUUUGAGUCCCAACCCACUUCUCUUCAUUUCGAUCCUUUAGGUUCACUUUCAGAGAAAUUGUAAAGUACAAGCAAUCAAGUUUCUAAGGACAUGUAAUUUGAGGAGAGGAAACUUUGAAUAGAAGUCUAGCAUAGUGUAGAGAUGAAUCAUUCUGAAAAAGUUAUUAAUGAAAGGGUUAGAAAUGAAACUGUUA